UUUUUUUUUUCUUCCCUAUAAUAAAGAUCGCGACCACUAUAGAAUAUUUUUCUUUCAUAUAACUUCAAACGUCUUAAUAAAGGUUAAUAAAGCGAAUAGGCGUAUAUUGAUAAAUACCAUUACAAUACCUAUAGACUUUACUCCUCGACCUAGGUACUUUAAAAAUAUGGAGAAAUUGAUUUUAAACCAGCAGAAUAGACCGCGGUUACUAGAAAUUAUACAGUACAUCAAAAGUGCAAAAAACAUCGUUGUGAUCGUAGGAGCCGGAAUAAGCGUGUCAGGCGGUAUACCCGACUUCCGGUCCCCCGAUGGCCUAUUUGCUGAGAUAAUGAAACAGUAUCCCGGUGUCUUCUCUUCGGGUCGCGAUUUAUUCGAUUUAUCUAGGAUUUUUAUAUCUUCAAGGUCAUUAACGACGUUUUAUAAAUUUAUGGCUUUGUUAAAACAACAAGUCAUUAGUGCAAGAGUAACGGCUACACAUCAUCAUUUUGCAAAGCUAAAUAAUACUAAUAAGCUUUUGCGAGUAUAUUCACAAAACGUUGACAAUUUAGAAGAACGUGCUGGACUCACCAUAAAUGAUUGUAAUAAUAUACGGUCUUCCGAUCGUAUUGUAAAAUUACAUGGUGAAAUUGAUAACGUAUGGUGUAAUAUAUGUCAUAAAACUUUCCCAUUUUCGUCGGAUGUUAUUAAUGCAUUUAAAGAUGGAACCCCCCCAGAAUGUCAAUAUUGUAUGGAACAAGCGGAGAAGGCAAAAAUAUCCGGGAAAAGAGUUCGAAAUCCCAGAAGUCCAAUGCUUCCAAGGCCAAAUAUAUUACUGUACAAUGAUUUUGAAAGGACAGUUGGAGAAGAAAUUGGUCGGGUCGCUUAUCAUGAUCAACGUAAAGCUGACUGCCUAUUAAUAAUGGGAACGUCACUUAAAGUUUCUGGAUGUAAAAGUUUAGUCAAAGAUUUUUCUAAAGCGGUCCACAACAGAGGCGGAAAAGUGAUAUUCAUUAAUACGACUGAAGUGGCGACAAAUAAUUGGGAAGGUGUUAUCGACGUUCAUAUUCAAGGAGCGUCCGACGAUUGGGCCGAACUCGUUGAGGCCGAGCUCGAAAAAGAGCCAGCAAACAAGAAAAGAAAACGAUCAUGCGAAGAUGAUGGACAGAAAAUAAAAGAGGGAAAGCUAAAAAAACUUGCCAAUAAAGACGAUAAGGUUGUAGGAAUUAGGCAAGGGCAGCCAACCCUUCAAUUUAAAAAACGAAGUAACAGAUGAUAAUGAAGAGGAGCGGAAAAUUACCAGAAAACGACACAAAUCCGCUGACAGUGACGAUAAAGUUGCGGUAACGAGCAAGGUGAGCCGGAAUUCGGGAAGGCGUAUUAAAACACAAGGUAAGAUUUAUAUCUAAUAUGAUGGAUAUAUUAAAUGGCUGUGCUGAGUUUAAACAAGUUUUUUAUUACAUUUGUCUUAUAUAUAUAUAUAUAUAU